AUGCCCACCCUUCGUCAAGCCAUCGCUGUAGAGUAUCUCCGAGACGCGGGGGACGUCAAAGUCUUCAAGGGUGAAGUGGAUCCCGAUUGGUGCAUCGGAGCUGUCCCCAAUGGAGGGUAUAUUCUUGCUCUCGCUUUGCAGGCGUGCAUAGAACGCCAGUCGACCACGUCUCACCGCGACCCUAUCCAUGUCACCGCACAUUAUCUCCGAACCACAGCAGUUGCGCCAUUUGAAGUGCACAUCCGCAUCCUGAGAUCCGGGAAAGGAUUCACGAACGUCCUCGCGGAUUUCGUACAGGCGGAUCAGCUUAAGUUUAUCGUACAUGCUAUCUUCGGCGUAAUGGAGCCUGAGGAAGCGACGCCAGGACACGACGGGCUCAAAGCUGCCAUGGCGCCCCCUUCAAAGUACGCUCGCCAUCUCCCCUUGCACCACCAUCCAUCCAACGCAACGGAGUUACCAAUGUCCACCGCUUUCGGAUUUCAUCAACAUACAAAAUGGACUGAUGAGCCAGAACUGCGGGAGGAAAAUGGUACGCGGACUGCGAGGGUUGGCGGUGGCGGUGUUCAGUGGGGAACGUGGUUUGAAUUAACAGGCAAGGAUGAGAGGAUAACAGCUUCAUCACUCGCGUUCCUAGUCGACAUGUUCGUCAACACACCCAUGAUCAUGUCUGGCGUCGACAACGUCGGACUGCCACACAGCUGGUUCCCAACAAUGAUGCUCGCGAUUGAGUUCAAAUACCCGAUACCCAAGACGGGGGAGUAUGCGAGUCGUACGGUGGGCUUGUAUUCGAAGGGUAAUUACUUCAAUGAGCCGUCCGGACACCAUGAUAUCUACGUCGAGGUCUGGACGGCACCAGCCAACAUUGGGGAAGGUUCCAUUGAAGAUGGGUGGAGAGAUAAACAACGCUGCCUGGCCACAGCAACCCAGAUGGCGUUGACCGUUCCUUUCGAAGUCAACGCGAGGAAAGCUGCUCGCGCUUCGUCUAAACUGUGA